UUAUUCUUAUCUUAUGAAGAUUUUUAUUGAAUCAUGUUUAGCAGCAAUGAUGAGAUCUACCUUCUUUUCUAGGCCUCCAGAAUGAUCUUAAUAAGAUCAAGAUUAAAUGCAACAAUACUUAUAAAUUAGCAAAGGAUAAUAUUGAUGACUUUAAAAACCAGCUGGAUGAUCUAUUUAAACAACUUGGAACAUCCACUAGUCCAGCCAAGGAUGUGUUAGACAUUUUUCAGAAGAUCAUUGACCUACAGGAGCUGGAAGUUAAAGCAUACACUGAGAAAGACGGCACAAAGAUCACAAAACUGGAAAAGCACCAACAGGAUGCAGAAAAAGAUCUAGAGGAAAUGAAGACACAAUUUAAAAGAAAUGCUGACCUUUUCGAGCGUGCAGGAUCAGAGAUAGCUCAGGCUUUGGAAAGCAACAAGGGAGCAGAAUCCCCUCUAACUGAUUUAAAGAACUACCUUGAAGUCAAGAUAAAACAUACAGGGGACCAAGGUGGCAUAUUAAAUGAGGUGUUACAGAUUGUAGUAUUGCAAAUUAAAGCAAUGGAACUAUUGGCACGUGAAUCUGAAAAAUAUAAUAUACAAGUACAGAUUGAGGGAACUACAUCCAAACUUGAGCUCAAAAUUAUUGUCCUAUCAGAUCUAAAAGAGGAGAGGGAACAGGCAAGAGUAGGCAUAGACAAAAUUGAUAAUCUAAUCGCAGCAACAGAGAAAGAAAUAAUGGACCUGAACGCAAUAUUAUCAGCUCUUAAACAAACACUUGUCCAACUUGAUGUACAGACAAAAGAAUAUGAUAUGAAAAGGAAGGAAAUAAUGUCCAAAAUUGAGAAAUUGAAGGGAAAAGAUGAGCUGAUUUCUAGAAUUCUUAGACUCCAGUUUGAAUUUAUAGAGGCAUUAACUACUGCAAAUGCACAAAUUAAAGCGCUUGAAUUUCAAAAAAACGAUCUCCAGAAAAAGCUUGAAAAGGAGCAGGAAAGGAGUGCUUAUCUGCAGGCAAACAACAGAUAUUUACGCAUACAACUAGCUGACCGAAAAGAAGAAUGUGAAGACAUGAUGAACACCUAUAUACAAACAGAAGCUGAACUGCAGAAACAAAUAAAUGAACUGUCAGGUUCAAGCUCAAGGAAUGUUCUCCAGAUUAUUGUGCUGGGCAUUGAAAUAGACAAAAUAAUGAAACAAAUUAAAGCAUCAUCAUCUAAUAAUGACUUAGAUUUGAAGCAAGCACUGGAUGACAAACUCAAGGACCUGAAAGAUAAAAAGGAGGAGCUUAAAAAAAGUGACGCUAACUCUGAAAAAACUUUACAGGUAAUAUCACAGAUGGAGAAAAUUUGGAAGCUACAGAGUGAGGAUCCUAAUAAUCUAGAUCAAAUCAUGGAUCUGCAGAAGAAUUUGCUGGACUUGAUUACAAAAUUAAAUGACAAUAAUCCUGCAAAAUCGAUGCUAAAAAUCAUGGCCCUCCAAUCUGAUGUAACCUGGAUAAGGCAAAUGCUGAAAACUGUGUACAACCAGGCUGAGAUGCAGAAAAUUGAGCUUCAAAAGAAACUAAGCAACAAGGAGGAUAUGUUGCGUGAAAAAAACAAAGAGCUGGCAGCAGCAACCAGUGACGUCAGUCAACUUCAGACAGAGAUUGCUGUUCUCAAGAAAGAAGUGUCAACGCUGAAAAUGCAAAUAGACAAAGUUCAAGAGACUGCAAAACAGAACAUUGAAGAUCUUGAAGAACAACUAAAAAAAAGUAAUCAGGGAUUAAAUGAUGCAACUAAAGAACUAAAUGAUAAGGAUGCCAAAAUAGCAUCACAAAUUAUGAAGAUUAACAAUCUCAUAGAUGAGAUUAGAGUCAUGAAACAGCAAAUCCAAGAAAACGAAGCACUUGUAAAUGCCAGAAUAGCUCAACUUCAUGACAACCUCAUGAAGAAGGAGGAGGAAAAUGCCAGAAUUCGGGACGAGAACAAAAAGUUGAAGAAAGAUCUCACAGAAACUGCAAAAUGCUCUGAACUUCAGCAGAAAUAUGAUAACAUGAAAGCUGAAUAUAACAAUACAGUUUCUAAACUGAGCAGUACCAUCCUUCAGAACGUUUUUAUCAUUAAAAGUUUAAUUGAUGAAGUGGAGGCCCUGGACAGGCAAAUUACAACAGGAGAACCAAAUAGCGAAGAACUAAGGAAAGAACUAGAAAAAAAGAAACAAGAACUGGAGGAGGCAAAGCAGAAAUUGAAAGCCGGGGGAUCAGUUUCAGCUAAAACUCUGGACGUUUUGAAAUUGCUAACUGAGAUAUGGAAUCUACAAGAUGAUCCAACUGAUAAGAAUUUAGCAAAGAUUCUCAUACUGGAAGCAAAAUUGAAUCCUUUAUUGACUGAGUUGGAAAACUCUGGAGAAGUUGGACUUGAACUGACCUUGAAGAUGAUCUCUAUAAAGGAAUCAAUGACCAGACUAAAAAAAGCACAAGCGAAAAUGCAAGAGGAAUACACUUUAGAAAUCAAUGGUCUAAAGGUGGAAAUAGGGAAGAAGGAAAAUGAGAUUUUAGUUUUGAAGGCUAACUGUGAACAGUCAGCUCAGCUGCAGGAAAAGAUAAAACAACUAGAGCAGGAGGCUAUAGCAAUGAAACAAAAAUGUAAAAAGCUUCAACAAGAAUCGGACCAUAAGAUUGAAUCUCUAGAGAAAGAACUUAAAUUGAAGAACCGGCAACUUGCUAACACUCAAGAUAAACUGAAGGAGACAAAUGCUGAAAAUGCUGCCUUGAUCAGAAGGCUGACUGAUCUAAAUGAUGACCUGCAAAAAAUAACAGAGGAGAAAAAUCAGUCACUAAAGGAAGCACAGGAAAAAAUCUCUG